AUGGACAAUGAAGAGGAUGCGUCGUGCUAUAUGGUCGAGGAGAAGGCAUUUGAGUACGACUACGAUGAGGAGUUUGACUGGGAGAAUAUGACUUUAGCCCAGUGCAACUGUUCGCAUCCGUUACACAAAUUUCUUGAGGUAUGCGUGAGUAAAUGUGUCGUUGCGCCCAACACUUUGCUCUUUGGUCUCACGGAAGAGGAACUGUUUGAAGCUGCACUGCCUGCGCUCAUGUAUCUCAUCGUCUUUCUCGUUGGGACAGUAGGAAAUGCUAUGGUUAUUUUCGUUGUAAAUCGAUUCAAACGUAUGCGAAACGUCACCAAUGUGUUCCUGGCUUCACUUAGUACUGCCGAUUUAUGCUUAAUUUGGUUUUGUGUUCCAAUUAUGUUUGUGAAGUACAUGUCGCAUACAUGGUUUAUGGGUCGCUUCGCGUGCUAUUCAGUACAUUAUAUUCAACAAUUUACUUGUUUUUGUUCUGUUCUUACUAUGACUAUGAUCUCGUUCGAAAGGUAUCUCGCCAUAGCAUACCCAAUGCGGAACAUGUGGCUGUCAUCAAUUGGUAGAGCUAAAAAAGUUAUUUUGCUGAUUUGGUUAGUUUCUGCUAUACUUGCUAUACCGACAGCAAUUCGUAUAGAUUACGAAACUAAUAUAUCGUUGUCUGGACAUAGAGUACAC